CUACAAGUGUCGUCUGCGCACUCUCCCUCUUCACUAUCCUCCCCUCCCCCCUUGAUUGAUGUAUACAACAUGGUGUCGGUAGACGUUUCCUGGGAUGCGCUUGCACCGUUUUUCAUAUGGCAGUUCCUAAUCCCCAUGGCGGCGGGUUGGAUGCAAAGUACCCUCUACGCCAUCUUCAUUCGAGCCGGUGACCCCAAGCCGCAGCCAGGCAGCGCUCGAUAUGUGCGCCAUCGCAGACGAAUCCUCAUGUUUAUCUACCUCGCCUAUUUCACAUUCACCAUCUACGAAGUCGACUUCAACCUCCAGCGAUCGAGCAAUGCGUACAAUGACCUAGGCGUGCCCGUCGACGUGGAUGCCGGUGAACUGGCAAAACGCUUUAGAAAGCUCACCAUAAAAUACCACCCGGACAAGAUCAAACCAGGUGUGAAUAAGGAGCGAGCAAAUGCGUUCUACGUGCAUUUGACUAGUAUGCGGGAAAUUGUCUUGGACCCGGCGAAGCGCUUUGCAUACGAUCGGUUUGGACCAACCGGCAUCGCGCAGUGCAAAAGCUGCAUUACCAUUGGCGACUUUGUAGACCAGGCGAUCCAGGGCGCGCUCGUGACAUACGGCGCGUUGCUGGGGUUUCUACUCGCUGCCAACGCGUUGGGAUUCUUCAAGGACGGCGCGUAUUGGCGGUACCUGGCGAUUGUCGCGGUAGCUGUCCUCGAUCUGAGGACCUCGAUGCGCCCAGACCAUCCUCCGUUUCUCGCAAACUGGUUGAAUCCGCUCGUGACCACGCUUCAUCUUCGCCCGGCCUAUCUCCCUUUCCAGGUCACCAUCAUCGCGAAGAAGGCGUCCAUUUCCGCUGCGCAAUUCUUGGGGCUCCUGAUCCCGCUCUACCGCGACGACCCGCAGAGGCCUGCCCAUCUUGGCGAGGACACAGAGGAAGAUCGCCACAAGCAGAUUGAUCGUAUUGAGGCAUUGGUGCAGGCUUCCAAGACUGAUGUAUCGCGCUUGCUCGAGUUCGAGUCGACUCCUUUCAAGGAGAAUGAACGAGCCAAAGUCGAGCUAAGGGAAGCUUUGAAGAAAUAUAUGGUGCAGAAUGUAGUGCAUCAGGAGAAAGAUGUAAGGAAUGCCAUUGGCCAGACUAUAGCGAAGCGCCGCAUUGGAGCACCGCAUGGGGCCCAAGGCACAAAAUAAAUCGGGGUCGUCUGAAUGGAUUAUUUGGGGGACAAUCUACAUGGUAUAGACUUAGACUGCAUUCUACACUUGUUUUGCUAUAGCUGUAUACCACCAUCAUUGUAUCAUGUCAUCUUUUCUUUUUCUGGCUACCCGCUCUCUCGUGGUCUCUCUCGCUGGCAGAUGUCUACCCGCAAUAUGGCUAAAGCGACUCCAAAAGAUACCCAUCUUCCACCCUCGUCUCUUCGUUCCUAUUACGCUUUACUGCCAUAUACACACUGACAUCUCAGCACCAUUUCCCCAAUUCUCACGAUUACUGAUCAGCGUUUCGUCCUACCCUGCGUUGUGUCGGAUCCCGCCAUCUACAAUGGCAAGAUUAGUGAUCACCCCGGAUUCCAAACCCCCAAAGAGGAAUAGGUUGUCGGGAUUGUUGCUCAUCGCAUCCUCUCAUACAGCACGAGAUAGAGAUAUGAUGGGUCUGCGGCUUAUUGUUAUGCCGACUCUUUUCAUGUAUAAGAGGACGAGGUUUGGACU